AUGACCACAAGAACUUUAGCAAACAUUUCAAUUAUUUGUUUCUUAAGUGGUUAUAGUAUUCUUCAUGUAGAAUCGGCAUCUAUAAAUGCGUCGCCUGAUAAUGUGGUCUAUCGGCUCUUUCACAGGCGCAGACCUGGUCUUAACUACGAAGGAGUAGAAGUAGAAGUCGACGAAUAUUUGGAAAUUUUUAAUACCAGAAAAAGACCAUGGGAUAUUUUGACUGAUGAUGAUGUGGAUAAAUUUAUUAAAUGUGAUUUUUAUGGUGAAACCGAAGAAUGUACACAAUUUUUAAGCUCCAUAUAUCCCAAUGAAUCAGGAACACAUGGAAAACCAAUAACAACAACUAAAAAGAAAACGAUUACCGCAACCACUCCAUCCAAAGCAAUUAAUACCAUCCAUACUACUACUACUCCUUCCACUAGUUCGACAACAACAAUGGAACCAAUACCCGAUCCUGAUUGGAAUUCUUAUAUAGAAGGAGAUGGUGAAGAAGUAGGAGAUGAAGAAGAAGAAGAAAAUUACAUCAGCGAGGAAAAUGGAGAAGACAUUGAACUAGCGGAACACGAAGAGAAAGAGAAUGUAAACAACCAAAAGGAGAAACCAUUCUUUUUCUUCUAGCGAAACACGAAGGGAAAGAGAAUGGAAACAACCAAAAGGAGAAACCUUUCUUUUUCUUCAAGUAGUUUUUGUUAAAAUCGUAUCGUAAAUCGCAUGCAUGAAAAUAAUUUUAUCUUAAUUUUUUAUUAUCUUUAUUGUUAUUUUACUUUUACAAUUUCUUAAUAAACGCAUAUAUAUCUAUAUAUA